ACUGUGAUGGCGCCAGGCGACAUGGUGCCCGAGCAUGCCAAGCAGCACAAGCUCAAGCAGGAGAAGGAGACCCGUCAGAGCACCACCACCACCACCAGGCCUGAUGGAGACUGUGAGCCUGACGGAUCUUUUGUCUUUGAGGCCCAUGAGGCAUGGAAGGACUUCCACAACUCCCUGAGACAGUUCUACGAAGUGGGGGAGCUCUGUGAUGUCACACUGAAGGUAGGUCUGGACAUUGAACUGAGGGACGGGCAGAGUGGGGUUUCAUAGUGUUCACAAUGCUCAGCCACUAGCUCUUUGGCUACGAGCUAUUUGUGACAUGGGUAUGCCAAACAAUGGGUAAAGCAUAGAGAUUCUAUUAAAUUACUAGAGAGGCUAUGUCAUAAACCCUCAAAGUUCCAGAAUGGCGUGAAAAUGGCAGCCAUAUUGGUCAGGUAGAAAUCCAAACCAGUUUAAUUGGAAUGAAUGGCAGUAGAGGCAUAAUCCUGUAAAAGGAAGGCGUGUGAUAUCAGAAAUGGUGUAAUAUAAUUAUUGUCAACCUAAAAUAUUGUCAUAUAAUUAUAAAUACAGUUUAUACAGGUUAUAUACCAAUUUUCUGUAUAAAUAGCCUCCGGGGCAAAAAAGAAUAGCAAGUUUGGUGGAAACCAGUUAGGCCUAUUAAAUCGAAUUAGUUUGAAUCCUUGAAUAGCUGGCGAUAGGCCUCGCCUAUUAAUUAUUUUUUUAAAGGCACAAAUUAACCAACAUAACCUUUUUUUUUUGUGGACGGAAUAGUUCAGGGAAUGAAUAACGUGUGAGCUUGCAUUAACUCUCUCUCUCUCUCUCUCUCCUCUCCUCGUCCCUGUGUUCAGGUGGGCAGCAGGCUGAUACCGUGCCACAAGCUGGUUCUGGCCUGUGUCAUCCCUUACUUCAGGGCCAUGUUCCUGUCUGAGAUGUCCGAGGCCAAACAGGACCUGAUUGAGAUCAAGGACUUUGACGGAGACGCCAUCCACGACCUGGUGCGUUUCGCCUACUCCUCUCGGCUGACCCUGACAGUGGACAACGUGCAGCCCCUCCUCUACGCGGCCUGUAUACUGCAGGUGGAGCUGGUCGCCAGGGCCUGCUGCGAGUACAUGAAGGCCCACUUCCACCCCUCCAACUGCCUGGCUGUCCGCACCUUCGCCGAGAGCCACAACCGCGUCGACCUGAUGGACAUGGCGGACCGCUACGCGUGCGAGCACUUCCGGGAAGUGGUGGACUGUGAGGACUUCCCGUGCGUGUCGCCUCCCCACCUGAGAACCCUGUUGUCCUCCAGCGACCUGAACAUCCACUCUGAGACCCAGGUGUACACCGCAGCUGUCAGGUGGCUGAAGAAUAACCCUCAACACCACGAGGCCUGGCUGCACCAGAUCAUGACUCAGGUAGGUCUGAAAAGGCUGCGUUUACACAGGCAGCCCAAUUCAGAUCUUUUUUUCCACUAAUUGGUCUUUUGACCAACAGAUCAGAUUUUUUUUUACACAUCAGAUCUUUUUCAGAGCUGAUCUGAUUGGUCAUAAGACCAAUUAGUGGAAAAAAGAUCAGAAUUGGACUGCCUGUGUAAACGCAGCCUUAGUCACCCUGCACAGCUUGGCCUGGUUGGGGAGCUUUGGCAUUUUAAACAUUCUUAGUUUAUGCUUGUAGGUUCUGUGUUUAGUACGUUGUCUGUUUGUAGAACAUUUUCCUAAUCAAUACUUAGUUGUAGGUGUGUGUAGCGUUUGACUCUGAUGUGUGUAGUGUUUGACUCUGAUGUGUGUGUGUAGUGUUUCACUCUGAUGUGUGUGUGUGUGUGUAGUGUUUGACUCUGUGUGUGUGUGUGGAGUGUUUGACUCUGUGAUGUGUGUGUGUGUGUGUAGUGUUUGACUCUCUGUGUGUGUGUGUGUAGUGUUUGACUGUGAUGUGUGUAGUGUUUCACUCUGAUGUGUGUGUGUAGUGUUUCACUCUGAUGUGUGCGUGGAGUGUUUGACUCUGUGAUGUGUGUGUGUGUGUAGUGUUUGACUCUGAUGGUUGUAGUGUUUGACUCUGUAAUGGUUGUAGUGUUUGACUCUGUGAUGGUUGUAGUGUUUGACUCUGUGAUGGUUGUAGUGUUUGACUCUGUGAUGGUUGUAGUGUUUGACUCUGUGAUGGUUGUAGUGUUUGACUCUGUGAUGGUUGUAGUGUUUGACUCUGUGAUGGUUGGAGUGUUUGACUCUGUGAUGGUUGGAGUGUUUGACUCUGUGAUGGUUGGAGUGUUUGACUCUGUGAUGGUUGGAGUGUUUGACUCUGUGAUGGUUGGAGUGUUUGACUCUGUGAUGGUUGGAGUGUUUGACUCUGUGAUGGUUGGAGUGUUUGACUCUGUGAUGGUUGGAGUGUUUGACUCUGUGAUGGUUGGAGUGUUUGACUCUGUGAUGGUUGGAGUGUUUGACUCUGUGAUGGUUGGAGUGUUUGACUCUGUGAUGGUUGUAGUGUUUGAAAAAAUCCAGAAAAAAAAAAAUCCAGAAAAAAGCAUGUCAAAAAUGUUAUAAAUUGAUUUGCAUUUUAAUGAGGGAAAUAAGUAUUUGACCCCCUCUCAAUCAAAAAGAUUUCUGGCUCCCAGGUGUCUUUUUAUACAGGUAACGAGCUGAGAUUAGGAGCACACUCUUAAAGGGAGUGCUCCUAAUCUCAGCUUGUUACCUGUAUAAAAGGUCCACAGAAGCAAUCAAUCAAUCAGAUUCCAAACUCUCCACCAUGGCCAAGACCAAAGAGCUCUCCAAGGAUGUCAGGGACAAGAUUGUAGACCUACACAAGGCUGGAAUGGGCUACAAGACCAUCACCAAGCAGCUUGGUGAGAGGUGACAACAGUUGGUGCGAUUAUUCGCAAAUGGAAGAAACACAAAAGAACUGUCAAUCUCCCUCGGCCUGGGGCUCCAUGCAAGAUCUCACCUCGUGGAGUUGCAAUGAUCAUGAGAACGGUGAGGAAUCAGCCCAGAACUACACGGGAGGAUCUUGUCAAUGAUCUCAAGGCAGCUGGGACUAUAGUCACCAAGAAAACAAUUGGUAGCACACUACGCCGUGAAGGACUGAAAUCCUGCAGCGCCCGCAAUGUCCCCCUGCUCAAGAAAGCACAUAUACAUGCCCGUCUGAAGUUUGCCAAUGAACAUCUGAAUGAUUCAGAGGAGAACUGGGUGAAAGUGUUGUGGUCAGAUCAGACCAAAAUGGAGCUCUUUGGCAUCAAUUCAACUCGCCGUGUUUGGAGGAGGAGGAAUGCUGCCUGUGACCCCAAGAACACCAUCCCCACAGUCAAACAUGGAGGUGGAAACAUUAUGCUUUUCUGCUAAGGGGACAGGACAACUUCACCGCAUCCUUCCCUCAGCCAGGGCAUUGAAAAUGGGUCGUGGAUGGGUAUUCCAGCAUGACAAUGACCCAAAACACACGGCCAAGGCAACAAAGGAGUGGCUCAAGAAGAAGCACAUUAAGGUCCUGGAGUGGCCUAGCCAGUCUCCAGACCUUAAUCCCAUAGGAAAUCUGUGGAGGGAGCUGAAGGUUUGAGUUGCCAAACGUCAGCCUUGAAACCUUAAUGACUUGGAGAAGAUCUGCAAAGAGGAGUGGGACAAAAUCCCUCCUGAGAUGUGUGCAAACCUGGUGGCCAACUACAAGAAACGUCUGACCUAUGUGAUUGCCAACAAGGUUUUUGCCACCAAGUACUAAGUCAUGUUUUGCAGAGGGGUCAAAUACUUAUUUCCCUCAUUAAAAUGCAAAUCAAUUUAUAACAUUUUUGACAUGCGUUUUUCUGGAUUUUUUUGUUGUUAUUCUGUCUCUCACUGUUCAAAUAAACCUACCAUUAAAAUUAUAGACUGAUCAUCUUUCAGUGGGCAAACGUACAAAAUCAGCAGGGGAUCCAAUACUUUUUUCCCUCACUGUAUGUUGAUUGUGUAUGUUGAUUGUGUAUGUUGACUGUGUAUGUUGACUGUGUUGACUGUGUAUGUUGACUGUGUUGAUUGUGUAUGUUGACUGUGUUGAUUGUGUAUGUUGACUGUGUUGAUUGUGCUGUGUAUCCAUACCUCCUGUAGGUGCGGCUCCCCCUGCUCCCAGUAGACUUCCUGACGGCCACGGUGGCCAAAGAGGAGGUGAUCAAAGGGAACCUGAGCUGCAGAGAUCUGCUGGAUGAGGCCAGGAACUAUCACCUGCACCUUAGCAACAAGGUUGUCCCCGACUUUGAGUAUUCUGUCAGAACAACACCAAGGAAACAGACUGCAGGUAAACGGACUGGCAGCUUGUCCAACUAAUAAUCAAUCAGCUAUGUGAUAGUGUUGAGUACAUUGCAGAACAAUGAUAAAGGAAAAGUUGGCAUUCCUGCAAAUCAUCAUCUUCUUCAUUUCUAUAUUACGAGCCUGACAUAACUAAACCCUAAAUCGUUAAUUGAUUCCUCAGGGUGUACAUUCAUGUGCUCUGAACUCAUAACGUCUAACCCCUGACCUCUGCCUCGUCAUCAGGUGUGUUGUUCUGUGUGGGUGGGCGGGGAGGUUCUGGUGACCCGUUCCGCAGCAUCGAGUGUUACUCCAUCAGCAAGAACAGCUGGUUCUUUGGACCUGAGAUGAACAGUAGGAGACGACAUGUCGGAGUCAUCUCUGUAGGA